AGGAGUGGCGGAGGCCUGGAGGUCCCUGACAGCUGGGUUGGCGGGUGUCACACGCGCUCUGCGCUCUGCGCCCGGGCUGCGCUCGCCAGUCGCCGGAGCGCACCAGGACGCGCGGCGCUCUCGAGCCCAGCCCGGACCCUUUUCUGUAGCAGCCGAACUGGGGGGAACAUCUCCGUGUCGCUGCCGCCAGCAAGCCGUUCUGUCCCCCGUUAGAGAGGCCACAUGGGCCACGAGGUCACCUGCCCCUGGAGGGGCCACCUGGCUCGCCUCCAGGUGAGGACCUGGAUCGAGCCCGUGGUGGCCUCGACCCAGAUGGCCACCUCCCUCUAUGAUGCGGGGCUCCUCCUGGUGCUGAAGGCGUCCUUCGGGGCCGGGAACUCCUCCGACCACACCACCACCCCGUCUCCCCGGGGGGCUCGAGAGGACCAACAGCAGAAGGCCAUCUCCAACUUCUACAUCAUCUACAACCUCGUGGUGGGCCUGACGCCCUUGCUGUCCGCCUAUGGGCUGGGCUGGCUCAGCGACCGCUACCACCGCAAGAUCUCCAUCGCCGUGUCGCUGCUGGGCUUCCUGCUGUCCCGCCUCGGACUGCUCCUCAAGGUGCUGCUGGACUGGCCGGUGGAGGUGCUGUACGGGGCGGCGGCGCUGAACGGGCUGGGCGGCGGCUUCUCAGCCUACUGGUCCGGAGUCAUGGCACUGGGAUCUCUGGGCUCCUCUGAGGGCCGCCGCUCCGUGCGCCUCAUCCUCCUCGACCUGAUCUUGGGCUUGGCAGGGUUCUGCGGUAGCAUGGCCUCGGGACAUCUCUUCAAGAAGAUGGCUGGGCACUCUGCGCAGGGCCUGGUGCUGACGGCCUGCAGUGUGUCCUUUGCCUCUUUUGCCUUCUUCUACAGCCUCUUAGUGCUGAAGGUCCCUGAGGCGGUGGCCAAGCCCAGCAAGGCGCUCCCCAGCGUGGAUACUGUAUCUGGCACUGUGGGUACCUAUCGCACACUGGAUCCUGACCAGCUGGAUAAGCAGAGUGUAGCGGGGCACCCUCCAUCUCUGGGAAAAGCAAAGCCCCAAAAAAUCAUCAUCGUCCUGCUCUUUGUGGGUGCCAUCAUGUAUGACCUGGCAGUGGUCGGCACCGUGGACGUGAUGGCCCUUUUUGUGCUGAGGGAACCUCUGAGUUGGAACCAAGUGCAGGUGGGCUAUGGUAUGGCUUCCGGGUACACCAUCUUCAUCACCAGCUUCCUGGGUGUCCUGGUCUUCUCCCGCUACUUCCGGGACACCACCAUGAUCAUGAUUGGCAUGGUCUCCUUUGGGUCAGGAGCCCUCCUCUUGGCCUUUGUGAAAGAGACAUACAUGUUCUACAUUGCACGGAUGGUCAUGCUGUUCGCGCUCAUCCCCAUCACAACCAUCCGGUCAGCCAUGUCCAAGCUCAUCAAGGACUCCUCUUACGGAAAGGUGUUCGUCAUACUGCAACUGUGCUUGGCCCUGACUGGGGUGGUGACAUCCACCGUGUAUAACAAGAUCUAUCAGCUCACCAUGGACAAGUUCAUCGGCACCUGCUUUGCCCUCUCCUCCUUCAUAUCCUUCUUGGCCAUUGUCCCGAUUGGCAUUGUGGCCUAUAAACAAGUCCCAGGCUUGAAACAUGAAGACAGAACAGAGAAAUGAAGGUGCAAAUCUACAGGAGCUAAAAGCACCAGCAGUGGCUGGGUCUCCCAGAAGACUACGGAAGGGACCAGAGAGCUGGUGACCAAAGCAACUACUACUCAAGAAACACAAGUUCCAGCCAAAGUCAGCCUCCAAAUGGCUCUGGUUCAGGGGUCCCAGGUGGAUGGGAAAAGCACUUUCUGGGUGAUGGAAGAACUUUCUCGGCUUUCAGAUUAGGCAGAGGCUAGGUUCUGGGGGUGUAGGCUUCCAUCCCAGGCCCUAGAUGGGGCUUGGGCUUCAGCUGCAGUCAGCCGGCGCCCUUUCUUCCAGGUACUGUCUCAAUGGCUCUGACACAGGACUAAUUGGUCACCUGGGUGCUGUGCUAGAAGUCCCAUGGGAGGACUCAAAUGAGGCCUGCAUUUCCAACAGCCUGAAGGAAAGGGAUGUUUUUGUAAGAACUGCCAGCAGUUUGGGAUGAACAAUAUUUUUCAAAUUAAAAUAAAACCUUGAGGAAAAUGUCAGCCUUCUUUCCUGGGGCCUCAUUAGCUAUGGAAAUUCAAGAGCAAUGGAGCUGCUCAGGGUAGUGUUGCUCUUGUUGUUUUCUUUUUCUUUUUUUUUUGUUUGUUUUUUUGUUUUGUUUUGUUUUGUUUUCCAGUACUGGGAAUCAAACUCACGACCUUGCGCUUGCCAGGCAGGCGCUGUGCCGCUGAGCUAAAUCCCCAGCCCCUCAUGGUUGUUUUCGAGGAGCAAAUAUGAAAAGAUUUCCUUAAUGGAAUAGUCAGUUUCCAGUCAACAGUACUUUCCAAAGUGAGUGGUGCAAAGAGAGAGGAUAUCUAAGAGCCAUUUUAUUUCAAGGUACUUAUUUUUAUUGUCUAUUUUACUUACAUAUUAAAAGCAGACUCGCCUCUCAAUAAAAUCAACAUUUGCAGUG